UGCCUCUCUGCGCUGACGCCUAAGCUAUGUGUGGGAGGGGGGUCGCUGACACACUCAAGGGCACACAAAGUACUUCACUCUCAUCUCUGCUGCAAUUCCUCAAGGCAUUCCAACUCCAUGCUGGGCCACCAUUAACAUUCACGGAGUGGUGCAAGUGCAUGGGCAGUGCAGUGGUGCAAGUGGAUGGGCAACCGGAAGUCACACACAAGAAACCAGCCCAUAGAAAUGGAGCUGGAGGAGGACGACGCGUUUGAUUUCCUCUUCAAGAUCAUUCUCAUUGGAGAUACCAACGUGGGCAAGACUUGUGUGGUCCACAGCUUCAAGUCAGGAGUGUUUCUUGAAAGGCAGCAGAACACUAUAGGAGUAGACUUCACAGUUCGAACUUUGGACAUUGAUGGAAAAAGAGUUAAGAUGCAGGUUUGGGAUACAGCGGGACAAGAGCGUUUCAGGACCAUCACCCAAGGCUACUACCGAAGUGCCCAUGGUGCCAUGAUCACCUACGACCUGACCCGACCUAGCACUUUUGAGUCUCUAUCUCACUGGAUCCAGGAAGUGGAGCAAUAUGGAGCAGCCAGCAUAGUAGUCAUCUUCAUAGGCAACAAGUGUGACCUUGAGUCCGAGCGUCAGGUAUUGUUUGAAGACGCAUGCACUCUGGCCGAACAGCGUGGGGCACUUGCUGCACUAGAAACAUCCGCCAAAAUGGACCAUAACAUUGAGGAGGCCUUCAUCUUGAUGGCAAAAGAACUCAUUGUUAGAAGUGGAGGGGUUGUCAAUCAGGAACCCUACUCGGAGUCCCCUUACCCCCUGCUGCAUUCUGACUCGCACACCAUAAACCUGGAGGAACCACUGGAGAAGAAGCCAUGCAGCUGCUGAGGCCUGAAACAUGGAUAGGCCUUCUGGUUGGUUCUGGUUGGCCUGGACAAGGUUGGUUAGUUGCGUUUUCUCUUAAAAUAAGCCACAAUUCUUAGUUUUUGUACCACUUAAUCUGAGGUUGUACUGUCAUGUCACUGUGCUACCAUCAGGUGGAAGAUUACACACAGUGUCGAGUCUGACUAUUGUAAUUGAUGUUGUAGUGAAUUAUGCACACAUCACCCAUCAUCAGGGCAUGGAGGUAUUGAUAAUGUUAGCAGUGACUACUCAUAAACACCAUGUAUGUACUUUGUAUUUACAGUUUUUUUUCUCAUUAAUAAGUAAUAUUUGUUUAUUUUCUAAAAAGGUAUGUACAAAUGCACAAAAGGCCAAAACAGAGAAGUUAUCUUUUCAAGCUGUAUACCGAAGUCAUAAUAACCUCUGUGUGGUCCUCUCAAGUGUAUACAAAACUAUCCAUAUUUAAAUAAGACACAUGGCAAGCAUGAACAUCUUGUCAACAACUGACUUGAACAGUGUAUUUAUUCACAACAUGUUUCAAACAGAUCUAUGGCUUAAAAUUAUUUCAGUACAUUUAAUAUGCAUACCAAAAGUAGUGCAGAAGUUCAUUUGGUUGUGUAAAUCAAUAAAACUUGUAAAAAUGA